AUGGUCAGCACCCGCUCCUCGUCAUCACGCGCCGGCAGCGCCGCCCCUGAGACCCCCGCCCCCGCGACGCCCUCGUCGCCUCCGCGCGCCGCCGUCACCAAGCGCACCCCGGCCGCCGCCAGCCGCCGCAGGUCGCUCUCCAGGCCGGCCGCCUCCUCCUCCUCGUCGUCCUCGCUCGCCUCGCCCGGCGGGUGGUCGCACGCGCCCGACGCGCCCACGCUCUUCUGGCUCGGCGUCUCCCUCCCGCUCGUCAUCUGGGACACGGUCUACGUGCUCGGCCGCCCGCACACCAUGGAGCACGGCUGGCUGCACUGGCCGCUCUGGUCGCCCUACAAGCUCUACGGCGAGGUCGACCACGUCUACGGCUGGAAGGCCUUUCACGCCAAGAGCGGCUUCACCGCCGCCCAGGGCGCCCUCAACGCCGUCGAGACGCUCAUGUACCUCGCCUACGCCUGGGCCUUCUUCACCAAGGCCGUCGACGGCGGCGGCGGCGCAGGCGGCAGGAGGGCAAUCACGGGUCGCUGCGGCGCCCAGGCCGUCCUGAUCGGCUUUAGCGCCGCCGUCAUGACGCUCUCCAAGACGAUUCUCUACUGGCUCAAUGAAUACUAUAGCGGCUUUGACAACAUUGGCCACAAUGACCUCGUGAGCCUCGUCUUUCUCUGGAUCAUUCCCAACGGCGCUUGGCUCGUCGGCUCGACCUGGAUGAUCUACUCUCUCGGCAGCGACAUUCUCCGAGGCAUCGAGACUGCCUCCCAUGUCAAGACCGAGUAG